AUGUUCUACGAUCUUAAUGUCCCGUACACGCCCAACGACCCUGAAAUCGCCAACACCCUCGCCUUUCUCUCCGAACUUGGCUACGCAACCAUAGCUCUCUCCCAAUCCAUAUCUGGAAAGCUCCCAUCUGACCUCUCCCCACCCGCCCCACCGCCAAAUCUACCCAAAUCCCUCACGCUCCUAUCCCGCAUCACCAUCACCGUCUCCGACCCCUCCCAGAACCAGCGCCUCACCCCGCUCUCACAACUCUACUCCCUCAUCGCCCUACGGCCCCUUAACGAAAAAUGCCUCUCCCUCGCCUGCAAUAGUCUGGACUGCGAUAUAAUCUCCCUCGACCUCUCCUCCCGGCUCCCUUUCCACUUCAAAUUCAAAACUCUCUCCGCCGCCAUCGUCCGCGGCGUGCGCUUUGAAAUCUGCUACGGCCCCGGCGUAACUGGUAGCGGCGCUGAAGCGCGCAGGAAUCUCAUCGGGAAUGCCGCUUCGCUGAUUCGCGCGACACGGGGGCGGGGGAUUAUUAUAUCGAGCGAGGCGAGGAGGGCGUUAGGGGUACGGGCGCCGUUUGAUGUGGUUAAUUUGGCGUGUGUGUGGGGAUUGACACAGGAGCGGGGGAAAGAGGCGCUGUGCGAUGAAGCGCGGAAGGUCGUGGCGUUGGCAGGAAUUAAGAGGAGGAGUUGGAGGGGGAUUGUGGAUGUGGUUUAUGGUGGGGAGCGGCAGAAGGAGAAGGAAAGGGAUGGUGUUAAGAAUAAGGAUAAGAGUAAGUGCAAGAGGGAUGAGGGGACAAAGAAUACGAAUGGGGUGAAAAGGAAGGCUGAUACAGAGACGGACUCGAAUGCUGAGCUCCAAGCACCAUUAUCGAAACGGGAGAUGAAACGGAGGGCUAAGAGGGCGAAGCUUCAGGGGUCGGGAGUUGAUACUUCGACCGCUUCGCCCAUUGCUGGGGGAAAUAAAUCAUGA